UCUCAUACUGAGUAGAAAAAAAAAACAGAGAGAAGAAAGAUGAGAAGCGGUGCUGCUACUGGUGGUGGAAACAACGUUUUCGAAACUAUUAACGCUGCUGCUUCUGCUAUUGCUUCUUCUGAUGAUCGUCUUCAUCAACCUUCUCCGAUUCAUAAGAAGCGAAAAUGGUGGAAUCGAUGGAGUCUGCUGAAAUGUUUCAGAUCGUCGGGACAAAGGAAACGAAUAGGAAACUCGGUUCUUGUUCCUGAACCGGUAUCAAUGUCUUCAAAUUCGACAUCUAACUCCGGUUAUCGUUCGGUUAUGACUACACUUCCUUUCAUAGCUCCACCUUCAUCUCCAGCUUCGUUUUUCCAAUCGGAACCACCUUCUGCUACUCAGUCACCUGUAGGGAUCCUCUCUUUUAGUCCUUUGCCUUGUAAUAACCGUCCUUCCAUCUUCGCCAUUGGACCUUACGCUCAUGAACCUCAACUGGUAUCUCCUCCGGUCUUCUCUACUUACACUACUGAACCAUCUUCAGCUCCGAUCACACCUCCUCUUGACGAAUCCAUCUACUUAACUACCACAACACCUUCUUCACCGGAAGUGCCUUUCGCGCAGCUCUUUAACUCGAACCACCAAACUGGUAGCUAUGGUCAUAAGUUCCCAAUGUCUAGUUAUGAGUUUCAGUUUUACCAACUUCCUCCUGGUAGUCCACUUGGUCAGCUCAUUUCUCCGAGCUCGGUUGUAUCCGGUUCUGGUCCAACUUCUCCUUUUCCCGAUGGAGAAACCGCGCUGUUCCCUCACUUUCAAGUCUCUGAUCCUCCAAAGCUUUUGAGCCCUGGUAGAUUGCAUUGUCCAAAGACUGUUACAACUCCUUCUAAAGAUCACAAGAUUGUGAGACCGCAUAAACCGGUUUCAUUCGAUCUUGAUGCGGAUCAUGUCAUUAGAUGCGUAGAUCAGAAGCUGAGGACAACGUUCCCUGAAGCAUCAUCAACAUCAUCGAAUCCAGAAGCAAUGAAUCAAUCCUCUCUCGGGUCGAAUAAGGAAUUUAAUUUCGGCACGGAUGAGAAUCACUUGACCGAUGAUGAACAUAGAGCUUCGCCAAAGAACAGCAACGACUGGUCUUUCUUCCCUGUGAUGCAAUCAGGUACACUUAGCUAACCUUCAUCAGAAGAUUUAGUUAUUAUAUAGAAUCUAAAAAUUUAGAAAUCGGAUUCGGACACAAUGAUCUUGGUCAAGAAGAUUCAAGAACUAAAAUUUAACUAGGGAUCUUAUUAGUUUCCUUUGAUUUUAUACACUGGUAUGAUGUUCUCUACUAUAUAGAAUUUUAAGAUGGUUCUGUUCAGUACCUUAGGGUAGGGAUGUUUUGUUGUCUCUCUGUUUUGGUUUUGUAAUAAAUAUUUGGCGUUGUUAUUAGUUGUUGUAUAUGGCUUCUCUCUAUGUAGUUUUUUGUUUUUGUGCAUACACAUUGAUCGCAUUUGUAAAUAACAUUUCUACAAAGAAAUUCCAAUAAUUCUAUAGAUUAUGACAGUGUUAGACU